UGGCCAAAUAAUUGGCGUCCUGAGUCAUUACCCAAGUCGUGACCUUAUGGUAUAUUUUGACUUGUUGACAAAUAAAUCGUUUCGCGCUGUUGGGGAUACGCUUCCAGUCUGUAGGAUAGCAUUAACAACACAUUAUCGAUUUACAUUUAGCCUACCUUAACCGUCUUCAAAGAAAUCAGAAGUGAGUAGGCUAUUCGGUUGCCCAAGAAUAGGUUUAGCAGAGCAUCGAUUUAGCAGGCUCGACAGCUCACCGAAGUGGAGACUCUAGAAACAAGGCAGACAUUAGGACAUGGAGGGUUUUCUUACUCCAAACUAACCCAGCAGUCAUCACCUCUGCCCGUCUUUCUCCAGAACGCGUCCAAUCAGCGUCUGUCAGGGAAGCAUGAAUGAAUGGCCACAUCCACAAAAUGACUUUCAACGCUCAGCCAACAAAGAGACGGUCGUCGUGCGCAGCUUUGUGUUGCGGUACGGAUGAGGGGACACAAACAGACGAUUUUAGCGACAGCGCGCAUAAUGAUAUUUACUGCUAGGUAGCAAAAGCGCAACUGUUUCAACAGAGGAUACAUACGCGGACAUCGACCAAAGCUUUUCAUCAAGAAACUUCAUCCAUUGCAGCGACUGCUCACUUACAAACGAGGUUUGGUACCUCUCUCACUCCCGCCUCAUGCUGCUUCUGUACUGCGACUGACACGACUGGAGCUUUAGCCCAGCACAGCCAAGGUUCCGGCCAGGGCGGGAGCCGCACCUUACGGCACUGAGAGGACCGCGGCUUCUUUUGAAGAGGGCCGAUUCGCCGCGGCGCGGCGCUGACUCCGUCCGUCUCCCGAGAGACGCAGCUGGGGCCGGCGGAGGGAGGCGGGGCCCGGCAGCCUUGAUGAGGUAACAGAGGGCGCCGGAGCAGAGACAGACCCCCGCGAAAGCCCCGCCCCCGCGCCCCUCCCCCGCCCCGGGCCGCGGCGCGAUGGGUCAGAAGGUCUCGGGGAGCAUCAAGUCCGUGGACGCGCGGGGCGAGCCGUCGUACCGCCCCGCCCGCCGCGAGCUGCGGGGGCCCGACUUCUGCCGGCCGGCGCGGCUGGACCUGCUGCUGGACAUGCCGCCGGCGGGGCCCGAGCUGCAGGCGCGGCACGCCUGGAACCCCGACGACCGCUCGCUCAACGUCUUCGUCAAGGACGACGACCGGCUCACCUUCCACCGCCACCCGGUGGCGCAGAGCACCGACUGCAUCCGGGGCCGCGUGGGCCACACCCGCGGCCUGCACGCCUGGCGCGUCCACUGGCCCAGCCGCCAGCGCGGCACGCACGCCGUGGUGGGCGUGGCCACGGCCGCCGCGCCCCUCCACUCGGUGGGCUACACCUCGCUGGUGGGCAGCGACGGCGAGUCGUGGGGCUGGGACCUGGGGCGCAACAAGCUCUACCACGACAGCAAGAACCAGCCGCCCGCGGCCCCGCCCACCUACCCCGCCUUCCUGGAGCCCGACGAGGCCUUCGUGCUGCCCGACGCCCUGGUGGUGGUGCUGGACAUGGACGAGGGCACGCUCAGCUUCAUGGUGGACGGCCAGUACCUGGGCGUGGCCUUCCGGGGCCUGAAGGGGAAGAAGCUGUACCCCAUCGUCAGCGCCGUGUGGGGCCACUGCGAGAUCACCAUGCGCUACAUCAACGGCCUCGACCCGGAGCCCCUUCCGCUGCUGGACCUGUGUCGGCGCGCCGCCCGGCUGGCGCUGGGCCGGGGUCGGCUGCACCAGAUCCACACCCUGCCGCUGCCUCAGUCUCUGAAGAACUACCUGCAGUACCAGUGAGGCGGGCCUCCCGGCGCCGCCGCCGCCGCCUUCCUUUCCGGGGCUCCGCCCAUCCGGGACCUGCUCCCGCCCUGACGGACAGGUGGGUGUGGGAACGGGCCGGGCGAAGAGAAGCGCGUACGAGCGCCAUCGCCCCCCGGAGUGGGGCGGAGCUGGGCGGGGCUGGGCGGGGCUCGACCCGUGAAACCCAGGGCUCUGGGGCUAAGCCGCGGGGGGGGGGGGGGGGUUCUGAAAGCACACUACUCGUGGCGCGGCUUUGGGAUGUUUAUAACCGGAUUUAUCGGUCACCGGAUCUCUCAGGACUCGUAACCGCGCUGGGUCCAACCCAGCCGCCCGGAAGUGGGACCCUGAGGUCUGACUGGGGACCGCGUUUCACUGCGUUCCAGUUCCCACGGUCACAGCCCGCCUCGCCCCGUCGGCUCAUUGCCAUGCUGGGUAAUUAUGUGCCACGUACUGAGCACAACACCAACCUGGACCAAUCGCCAGGAGGCUCUGCUUCGGUCAACCAAUCAGAAGCAAGAUCCAGUCACCGGGUGGCUCCUUGAGUCACCGAGCUUCCUGUUUUAUCUGAAUCAUCUUUUAUUUCAAAAGGAGGCUGUACUCCAAAGGUUACAUUUCUUUUUUUAUUUUCGAGUGUUAGUUUUUAAAACUGCUAUUUAUAUACGUGUGGAUUCUGGUUCUGAUUAUUUUAAGAAUGGUGGUGAUCAUAACUGUAAUGUGUUAGACUGACUUUUUUAAUUCUGAGGGGUUUACAAUGCAGGUCUGUACACCUGGGGUGGGGAAGACCGCUUCUGUCACCACACUUUAUUUUUAAUAAGAUGCUGCUUUUUCAACAUUAUUAUUAUUAUUUCUAAUGUCUUAGGUCUGUCAGCCUGCUUGGCUCGGACGUGUGAUUGGACAUCAUCAUGUCAUGAGAGGUAGUGGAAUGUACUCUACGGACAAUGCUGCCCUUUGCUUUUAAAAUGUGAAUAAAAAUUAAUUAUCACA